AUGCAGGGGCAGCAGCAGCAACAGGAGCCGCCUCCUUCUCCGCACUUUGUGCUCACCAGUGAGCUACAGCAGCAGAGCGCUGCAGCAUCAGCAGCAGCGGAGAACCAGCAGCAGCAGCAGCAGCAGCAGCAGCAGCCGCGAACUCUGGGGGUUUGGGAAGAGUGGCAGCAAGACACCCCGUCCCCUGCUUUUGCUCCUUCUCUGGAUUCACCAGAGGCAGCAAAUAAUACACAACAGCAGCAGCAGCAAGAGCAGGUGCAGCAGCAGCAGCAGCAGGACGAGGAGCAGCAGGUACAGUCGUCUGCAACAGCUGUGGGUGCGUGGCAGCAGCAGCAGCCGCCAGCCUCGUUGGAGCAGCAGCUGCUGCAGCAGAAGCAGCAGCAGCACUCCCAGCAGCAGCAGCAGCAGCAGAAGAAUGCUGCAGCUUCUCCGCGUCUUGCUGCUGAGGCCCUAACGCCGCAGGGGGCCCCCCAGGGGGCCCCCAGGGGUGCAGCAGCAGCAGCGCAUGCAUCUGCCCUUGGGGCCCUCCAGGACCCAUUACCUUCUUCACCAUGGCAGCAGCAGCAGCAGCAGCAGCAGCAAUCCAACGGCCAGCCAGUCACCCCACAGAGUCCUCAAGAGGUCCCCCUGGGGGCCCCCAGAGGGGCCCCCCGGGGGGCCCCCCUGGGGGACCCUCUGGGGGCCUCUGAGGGGUCCCCCCGGGGGGCCCCCCCGGGGGGGCCCCUGGGUCAGGAGUCUCAGGGGGGCCCCAAAGAGGGUCUGGGGCCCCCCGAAGGGGCCCCUCAGGAGGGCAAGGGGGGCCCCCAGGGGCCCCAGGGGGGCCCCCAGGGGCCCCUUCAAAAGGCCCCCUUGGGGCUUCCCAUAGAGAUCUCGGGGCCCCCCAAGGCCCAGGGGGACUCUGGGGGCCCCCCGGGGGCCCCCGUGUCCCCCGAAGUCUUUUGGGGCCCCCCAGCAGCAAAGACAGGGGGGCCCCCCGAGGCUGGGGGGCCCCUCCAGAAUGGGGAAAGUGGUGCUGCUGCUGCUGGGGUCCGUUCGGGUCUGUGGCAUCCUCCCCACCAAGACCCACCAGCAGCAGCAACAGCAGCAGCAGCAGCAGCAGCAGCAGCGGGGGCAGCAACACCGCAGGCGCUGCUGAGUUUGCGUGUUGCAGGGGUAGACAGCAGAGAGACUUCGGGGCCCCACGAGCUGGAUAGGGGGCCCCCCUUGGGGGGCCCGCUUGGGGGCCCCCUGGGGAGCCCCCUGGGGGCCCCCUCGGGGGAGGCAGCGGGGCGCAGCAGCAGCGAAGCAGCAGCGCAGCAAGAGGGGGGCCCCCCUUGCAUGCGUUCUGGAGAAGCUGUGGGGCCCUGCCGCAGCUCUUCUGAUCUUGCUUCUGCUUUUUCGCCUCCUGAGGGGCCCCCAGAAGCAGAAGAAGGUGACGCUGCUGCUGCUGCUGCUGCUGCUGCUGAGGGCGGCGGCGCAGCAGCAGCUGCUGCAGCAGCUGCAGACAGCCGGAGUCGCAAGAGAGCGAGCUGCAGGAGCCGAAGCAAGAGCAGCAGCAAGGCGCUGCUUCUCCAGCAGCAGCAGCAACCGCAGCAGCAGCAGCGGCAGCAGCAGCAGCAAGCCGAGCAACCACCUCGGACGGGAGCGAUGGCCCUCGCGAGGCCCAGCAGACAUCUCCAGCCUUUGCUCCUGCUGCAGCUCCCACGCAGCAGCAGCAGCAACAGCAACAGCAGCAACAGCAGCAGCAGCAGCAGCAGCAGCAGCAGGAUGGGGGGCGCUGCCAGCAGGCUGCUGCGGGCUUUGCCCUUCAGCUUCGGCGUGCUGCGGGGGAGCGGGAAGCAGCAAACCUCGCCAUCGCCAGCAGCAGCAGCAGGAGGAGCAGCAGCAGCAGCAGGAGCAGCAGCAGCAGGUUCGCGGUCUUCCGGCGGUCCCCAAGGGCGCACGGAGUUUGAGCGGCUGCUGCAGCAGCAGCAGCAGCAGCAGCGGCAGCAGGAGGGCUCUGGGGACAGCAGCGGGGCCCCCGUAAAGGACAGCAGCAGCCCCAGCAGCGCAGCAGAGGCCCCCGAGGCCCCUGGGGGCCCCCGAUCUCCUGUCCGGGGCCCCUUCUCCUUCCGCGCUCCUGCUGCUGCUGCUGCUGCUUCCCCCGUCCAGCAGCAGCAGCAGCAGUGGAAAAUAAAAUAA